AUGAAGAAAGUCCUCACACUAACGGUUGCUGCUUUCUUAUUUCUAUUUGUUAGUUCUCAGCCGCUUACCUCUUCAUCUCUAUCCAGUACAGUGACUCAUAUUGCUGUUAGUGCUAAUGGAGUCUUUGUAAGCACUGCUACUCAAGUGUACCGGUUCUCCCCUACCUUACAACAAAUAGAGGACCCUCUUGGGUCUCUCGGUGGUACUGUUAAUGGAAUAGCCAGUACUUCAGAUGGUGAAUGGUGUAUAGUGUGUACUGAUGCUGGUGGUAUAACAUGUUCUGUUCUUAAUGGGCCUAACUUUGAAGCUCCUGCUAAUAGAACAGUGACUAACAGCGGGACUGCUACUAGUCUGGUAGUGUUUACUGGAGGAGAUGGUAACAGCUUUUAUACUGGGAGCUAUGUUAAUCAACAUAUUCUAUAUCGUCAGUAUGGGUUUGCUAGUAGCGCACUGUCAAGAUCUACUAAUGCUGGAGAUCAACAGGCUUCAUUUUUUAAUCGUGUAUUUGUGAGUGGUUUCUUUGCAUCAGGAUAUGCUUAUUACGUUGUUAGUGAUCCUCCAACAAGUGGUGCUAACAGACGACUUCGUAUAGUAAGAGUAUGUAAUGACAGUGCAGCUAAUGGUUUCAACAAUCAAUAUGAACUGACUUUAGGUUGUGAUGGUAAUGCUGCUUUCUUUAGUCCUACUCUGAUUGAUGUAUCUGUUAUUAAUGAAGAGACAUUGUUAAUUGCAAUACGUGCUGAUUCAGUGGAUGAUAUUUGUUCAUACAACCUGUCUAAGAUUAACUCUUUAAUGGAUGCUGCUUAUAAAUCAUGUGUUGUUGAUGGUACUGGUAACAAGAACGUCUUUUGGCAGAGUUCUGUAACAUGUUCAGGAGGAUCGCCUGGUUUAUCUGGAAGUAUUUGUAGUAUAUCUGAUUCAAGAAGUGGUACUCCAGCUCCAGCAGUUGGUGCAUCAAACCCUCUCACUCCCACUAGUCUAAUUACUAACACUACUAUACUGAAUGGAUUAACUGCUAUUGUUGGGUUGUCAAUUGAUAAUAUUGAUUUCAUUUACUUUGCGUUUACAUUAAAUAGCAACAAUUACAUCAGUAAGGUUAGUGGUCAAUAA